AUCAAAACAUUGAAGGCAACAACUUUUUAAAAUCAAAAAGAUUAUGCUCUAAAAUUGUUAGAGGUACAAGAAAAUCAUAUUACAGAUAUUUACAACCAAGCUUAUUUCAAACAAAACUUUUAAAUGGACAAGUUUUAAAUAGAAAAUACCUAGCAUAUUCAAACAGUAUAGGAAGUUUGUAUUGUGUACCUUGUUUAUUAUUUGAAGGAAAAUCUAGUUUUGCUUCUUUUGCUGGGUUUUGCAAUUGGAAGAAAGGUGAGGAAAAAUUAUCUAUGCAUGAAAAUUCAAAAACUCACAAAAACUGUGUUUUGAUUAUGAAAAAAAGAGGUGAUUUACAUCAAAGAAUUGAUAAACAAAUUGUGUUACAAAUAGAAAAUGAUGUUAAAUAUUGGAAAGAUGUUUUGUGCAGAGUAACUGCAGUAGUAAAAUCAUUAUGUUCAAGAGGUCUUUCCCUUAGAGGAAAUAAUGAUAAUUUCGGCAAUUCUCAUAGUGGAAACUUUAUCAUGUGCUUAGAGCUGAUUGCAGAAUUCGACCCAUUUUUAGCUAGUCAUAUAAAAAAGUAUGCAAAUAAAGGAAAAGGAAGCACAUCAUACUUAUCACUUAAUAUUUAUGAAGAGUUUGUCAAUCUUAUGGGACAAAAAGUACGUGAAACAAUAAUUAAUGAAAUUAAAAAAGCUAAAUAUUUCUCUAUUAUUGUGGAUUCAACACCAGACGUAUCUCAUACAGAUCAACUAUCCUUUAUUUUUCGAUAUGUUAAUGACAACGGUGAACCAGUUGAACGAUUUUUACUUUUUCUUUCAAAUACUGGGCAUAAAUCCGAAGACUUAGCUAAAGCAGUAUUUAAUGUUCUUGAAUUAUAUAAUUUAGAUAUUCAAAAUUGCCGGGGCCAGUCUUAUGACAACGCAUCCAAUAUGGCCGGAAAGUAUACAGGCCUUCAAGCUCGAAUAAAACAAGUUUGUUCACACGCUGUAUACGUUCCGUGUUCAGCACAUUCUUUAAACUUAGUUGGAGAAUGUGCAGCAAAUUGUUGUUAUUUGGCUGAAGAUUUCUUUAACGUAAUUCAAAAUUUAUAUGUGUUUUUUUCUUCAUCUACACAUCGAUGGCAAAUUUUAUCUAAACAGUUGCAGGGCAAUGUAACUAUAAAAAUGUUAUCGGGUACACGUUGGUCUGCACGUCAUGAUGCAUGUUUCAGCCUUUCAUAUAACUGGAAAGAAAUAAUCAAAGCACUAAAAAUAUUUGAAAAUGAUCCAUUGGAAAAACCACAAACACGGUGUGAAGCUAGGGGCUUGUUAAAAAAACUACAAAGUCUGGAAAUGGGAAUAAUGGUCUCUGUGUGGGGCGAUGUACUUGAGCGAUUCAAUGUUACAAGUAAGAAACUUCAAGAAGUAAAAAUUGAUUUGAAAACUGUUAUAUCAUUAUAUAACUCCUUAAUCAAGUACACUGAAGAAUUAAGAAAUAAUUUUGAUUUAUAUGAGAAAAAAGGAUUUGAAAAAUGUGGAAUUAAAGAAUACAAAGACAUAUCAAGUAGAAAGAAAAAAAGAAAGUUGGUAUUUGGAGAAUCUCAAGAUACUGAAGCCCAAUUAAGUCCAAGAGAAAAAUUCAGAAGUCAAAUAUUUAUAACAAUUAUGGAUUCUCUUAUUUUUGAAUUAAAUAAAAGGGCGAGCGCUUACGAAGAGAUCAAUAAAACAUUUUCUUUUCUAUUUCAGCUUCAAAAAUUAAAUAUAACUGAAGUACGAAAACAAGCAGAUUAUUUGAGAAAGUGUUAUCCUAAUGAUUUACCUGUAACAUUUGCAAAUGAAUGUGUUCAUUUUAGAAGCUAUUUACUUAAAAAUUCAAAUAAAGAAAAUAUACCUAAAACUGCUUUAGACAUGUGUAAAAUGAUAAAUGAUGAUGAUAUUCAAAAUAUAUACCCUUACUUCAACAUAGCACUCAGAAUGUUUUUAUGUUGUCCAGCAUCUAAUUGUUCAUCAGAAAGAUCUUUUAGUGCUCUAAAAAGAGUUAAAACCUAUUUAAGAUCUAGGAUGACAGAUGAUCGCCUUAAUAACUUGGCGGUACUUCAUAUAGAGUCAGAUAUAACUACUCAAAUACAAUAUGAUGAAAUUAUACAAGAUUUCAGUGAGAAGAAAUCUAGGCGUAAAUUAUAAUGUUAUGUUAAGUAUAUAAAAUAUGUUAUUAUCAAUAAAUUUGUUUUUAAAUUAGUA